ACCAAAAUUGUGUGAUGUUAUCCUAGGGAUAUUUAAAUGCAAGUGGUUAAACAACAAAUUGUGAGAACAAGUGGUGGAAAUACUCAGCAUUUCAUGAUCAUCAUUCAACUAGCAACUAAUGACUAAAGAAAAACUCACCCUCUUCUCACAGCAGCCCCAGCACAAUAUAACCGUGCAUAUGUAUAGUUUUAGUUGCAUGUAUUUGAGACUUGUAUUGCUGCCACGUGCUAUUCGACAAGUCUGAAAUUGAAAGUAUGCAUGUAGGUAACUGGCUCAACAUUAAGCUUGCUUUAUGAAUUAGGAAUCUCAAGAAAUACAUAAACAUUAUAAUUGACUCUUCACCCCGUCGCCCCGGCCCUCGAGAUAACAACAUGGAGAUGUAUGAUCAAUGGAGCUCUUUCCAUAAUACAUGUUGUAAAUGUAUGUGAACCAAUCCCUAAAAAGGUGUGCUUAAAACGCAUCGUAUUAUUAUAUAAUAAUUUAGUGUGGCUAAGUAGUAUAUUUGGAAAAAUGAGAUGUCAGUGCACUUUUCGGUCGGGGUCACGAAAAUUCGUAUGGUAUCAGGACGAAGUCUGCAUAUAUCCUCUCCAAGAAAAUAAACAACAUUGCCAGUCGUUCUUUAUUCGUGGUCGAAUGAGCUACGCCAUCGAUAGUUUUUGCAUUUUCUUCUCAUCACAUCAUGACCUCUCCAGUGGAUAUCAAGGAAGCUAAUGCUUUGGAUACGCUUAAAAAGGCUUGCGAAGACUUAAAGCAGGAUGAGUUAACUUGUCUACGAUUUUUACGAGCUCGAGACGGCGAUGUCGAAAAAGCAGAAGAGAUGCUCCGCAAGUCAGUGAAUUGGCGAAAUGAAAAUAACGUAUCAUCAUAUAUUGACUGGACUCCGUCGAAGGAGAUUCAAGAAGAUUUCCGAUAUUCUUGUAUCGGGGAGGAUAACGAAGGCUAUGCAGUGAUGUACGUGCCGAUUGGGAAAUGGAACAUUAGGGAAAUAAUUGAACAAGGUCAUAAAGACGAAGCCUUUCUGUUCCGGUUUUCUAUUCUAGAGCAAUUCAUGCACUUUGUUCGUCAAACUAAGCAGUACCAGUUCGUAAUUAUUUUGGACUUAAAAGAGUGCACGUACUGGAAGGUUGCACACACUGCAACCAUCCAAUUAUUGAUUUCUGCUUUUCGGGAUUUCGAAUCCAAUUAUCCGGAAAGACUGCGUGCUGCCUAUGUCAUAAACGCUCCCUGGAUUUUUCCUUACGUGUAUGCAUUCAUUAAACCAAUGCUUUCGGGACAUACUCUAUCCAAAGUCAAAAUAUUUGAUGCAAAUGUCUCGCAAUGGAAACCUGCCUUGCUGGAAAGAAUUUCUGAAAACAUGCUGCCAGAAGAAUGUGAAUGCUAAAUAUCUGUAGUUCGUGUUGCAAAUCAGAAGAAAGUAUUUUAUACGUUUUUUAAUUCCUGUCUUACUUUAAUUCUGUCUAAACCGAUAAAUAUAAUGUACGGAUAUAUGAUAUCGA